AUGCCGACCCCGAGCCCAUUCAGAACCCUGCACCCACUCAACACAGAUCUCAGCCCGGUCUCCAACGACCCUAUCGAGUGUGAUGUCCAGAACACCACAGCCAAGUUCUUUCUGAACCGUGAUCUCGAGGAUCUCAUUCUGGCCAGAUACUUGAGACUGGCGUAUCAAACGCCAAACACCCAACGCAAGGCUUGGAUCUUCAGAAGCGGCGAAGAAUAUGCCUGUGGGAUGGACAUAGAGGAGUGGUCCAAGGUGGACAUCCGUUACAGAGGUGUCUUCCAGACUCUCUCCAAAUGUCCGCACUUCACAAAGGGGCUGUGGCAGGGUGGAUCUCAGAACUGUCGGCAUGAGCUUAUCACCAGUCAACCCAAUGCUCAAUCUCAGGUCAUCUACGCGUUGUUGAGCGAGAUUGGUGAGAUGAUUGAUCUUAGACGGGAGACCUAUGAUGGGGAUGGUAUUUUCUUCUUGACUCCUCGCUUGCUGGGAGCUCAGAUGGAGUACUGGACGGGAUACCGUCAGAAAUACAAGGAUGCACCCGAGACCGCGGGCUUCCUCUCUCUCGAAUUUAGUCCUGACUCAUGGACCAGCCAUACCAUUCUUCCAAUUUCUUCGACCACCAAGGAACAGCCUCUUGCCUCCGCUCUCGCAGACAAAUUCAAGAUAAUGCUCGGCCAACUCCUCCUACACCUACGAUACCUCCCCAACCCGGGCGACAAGCUUCCAGACCAGGAAGUAUUCCUAAUCGGUCUGCACGGCUCAAAGCUCCAUCUCAUGCGUGCCUACUUCCCUGGCCAGAAAAUCUCCAGCCUGUGGUGUCGUCGCAAAAUCCCCAGCCCACCAUCUGUAUUUUCAUCUGAACUAGACCAGGUCCUUCGGUCCGUAUCCCCAGAUACCCCCUCUAGCACUCAUAUUGAAGACUACGCCGCCGAAGGAGACCACUUUGGUAUCCAACUUUCUAGUGCAGAUGGAAUAUAUCCCCUGGCACCCGGCGGCAGCCGUUUCUACGGAGCCGAAAACAUGGAGCGAGUACGCCAGCAGCUCGAAGAUAGCAAGAUAAAGCAACUGGACCACGAAUCCAACGUGCGUACCUUCCGCGUCCUGGCUUCACGUGAGUAUGAUCUUUGGAACCAACAGGACUUUGUCACCGCCGUCCAAAUGCUUGUCGCCCUGCAAUUUUAUCUCCUUAGUGGAACCGCCCAGUGCGGAACCCUGCAGCAGGUAUUUCAGAAGCAUCCCUAUGCUAAUGAUUUUUCGAGUCCUGACAGCGGGCUGGAUGUUGAGCCGGUGCGCGAUGCUCGCGUUCGUCGUGAUUUGCACAAGCAGGAAAAUUAUUUCGAGAAGGAGAAGGAACUUCGUCGUGAGGAGCUGAUUGCGCAACAGGAGGCUGAUGGAGCUCAUCGUCGACGAGAGAGCAUGCGCAAUGCACAGUAUGAUCGCAUCGGUAGUUUUCAUGAUGCUCGGCGGGACUGGUGGGAUUUUGUUUGGGAGGAUGAGGGUAUUAUCUUUCCUAAGCCAACGCGUCCUCGAGGUAAUGAGGAGAUGAUUGUUGGCAAUAUCGACACUUGA